CAGAGUUUGGGGGCUGGAAAUCAAGUAGGUACGAGCUCCACUGAAGUUUCUCAAUCACUAUCAAUGAGGAUUUGCAUGCUGGACCUAAAAAAGCGGAAUUUUAGAAAAAUGAAAAGGAAUCACUUUGGACAUUUGAAUGCGUUUUGGAGGAUUUCCCUGGGACAUUAAUGUUCGUCAAGUUAGUGGUGUGCGUUCCCAACUUUCAUAUGUUUCAAUGGUGUGGAGACAUUUGAAUGAGCAACGCUUUGCUCCAAUGUAUUUUUAGAAGUUUUCAAAGUUGGAACUAUAUAUGUAGUACUUUGACACGCACUGUUUUAUUUUUUCCUUGUAUUACAUGGAGAAUCUUGCGCUCGCGACUUGAUUGCCUGUGGAUAAGACGCGAAUUACUUUUGUUUUUGAUAUAGCCUAAACAUUAGUUUGUUAUAUUAUUUGUAUAUCGAUAUAAGGCUACUAUCAGCAUCAGAGGAUAUAUAUAUAUCAUGCGGUGGGUGAAGUCUUGGGGAAUACUGGCUCUGUUGCUGUGCUGUGUCUCUGUGAAUGGAUGCCCGCAUAAGUGCAGUUGUUCGGGCUCUCAUGUGGAUUGUCAGGGUCAAGGCUUCAGGACUGUACCCAGGGGAAUCCCGAGGAAUGCCGAAAGACUGGAUCUGGACAGGAAUAACAUCACCCGGAUCACCAAGGUGGACUUCUCUGGCCUCAAGAACCUCCGCGUACUGCAUCUGGAGAACAAUCAAAUCAGUGUGAUUGAGAGAGGAGCUUUUCAGGACCUCAAACAGCUGGAGAGAAUCCGCCUGAACCGGAACCGGCUGCAGGUUCUGCCGGAGCUGCUGUUCCAAUCCACACCCAAGCUGGGCCGCCUGGACCUGAGCGAAAAUCAGAUUCAGGCUAUUCCUCGUAAGGCUUUCCGAGGGAUCACCGCCGUCAAGAACCUGCAACUGGACAGCAACCACAUCAGCUGCAUCGAAGAUGGAGCCUUCCGAGCCCUGCGCGAUCUGGAGAUACUCACUCUCAACAACAACAACAUCACCCUUAUCCCUCUGUCAAGCUUCAACCACAUGCCCAAGCUGCGGACACUUCGUCUGCACUCCAACAACCUGCACUGCGACUGCCACCUGUCCUGGCUCUCUGAUUGGCUGCGGCAGAGGAGGGGGCUGGCGCCUUUCACACAGUGCAUGGCCCCCGCCCAUAUGAGAGGGCUCAAUGUCCCUGAUGUUCAGAAGAGAGAUUUUGUCUGCACAGGUCCUGCUCAGACGGAGCCCAGGUCAUGCGCCCCUCAGGCAUCCAUCUGUCCCGCCGCUUGCACCUGCAACAACAACAUUGUAGACUGCAGAAGAAAAGGCCUGACUGAGAUUCCUGCCAAUCUGCCUGAAGGAAUUGUGGAAAUUCGUUUGGAGCAGAACAUGAUCAAGAGUAUACCAGCAGGAGCAUUCUCCACCUACAAGAAACUGAAAAGAAUAGACCUGAGCAAGAAUCAGAUUUCCGAAAUUGCAGAAGAUGCAUUUAGUGGCCUACGCUCCCUCACUUCGCUGGUCCUGUAUGGAAACAAGAUUGCUGAGAUCCCAAAAGGACUGUUUGAUGGCCUGGUCUCUCUGCAGCUGCUACUGCUCAAUGCCAACAAGAUCAACUGUCUGCGAGUGAACACCUUCAAAGACCUGCAGAACCUCAACCUGCUGUCCCUUUACGACAACAAGCUCCAGACCAUCAGUAAAAGCUUGUUCACUCCUCUGCGUUCCAUCAAAACACUGCAUCUCGCUCAGAAUCCCUUCAUGUGUGACUGUCAUCUCAAGUGGCUGGCUGACUACCUGUUUGACAACCCGAUUGAGACCAGCGGAGCUCGGUGCAGCCACCCGCGGCGCCUCGCCAACAAGCGCAUCAGUCAGGUCAAGGGCAAGAAAUUCCGCUGCACAGGUUCGGAGGACUACCGUACCCGUCUUAGCAGUGAGUGUUUCCAGGAUCUGGUUUGCCCUGAGCGCUGCCGGUGUGAAGGAACGGUGGUGGACUGCUCAAACCUCAAACUGACCAAAAUCCCCCCUCACCUACCUGAACACACCACUGACCUGCGGCUGAACGACAAUGAAAUCUCCAUCCUGGAGGCUACAGGGGCCUUUAAGAAGCUCCCAAACCUGCGCAAGAUAAACCUGAGUAACAAUAAACUGCGGGACAUCCGUGAGGGGGCAUUUGAUGGGACCGGAGGGGUUUUGGAACUGCUGUUGACUGGAAACAAAUUGCAGUCAGUCAACGGACGCAUGUUCAAGGGUUUGGGCGGCCUCAAAACACUGAUGCUGAGGAAUAAUCAGAUCAGCUGUGUGGAUAAUGCCACCUUUACCGGCCUGAGCUCUGUGCGCCUGCUUUCCCUCUACGAUAACCGGAUCUCCACUAUCGCCCCUGGAGCUUUCAACACCCUGCACUCCCUCUCUACCAUUAACCUACUAUCUAAUCCCUACGUGUGUGACUGUCACUUAGCCUGGCUGGGACUCUGGCUUAAGAAGACCAGGGUGGUUAGUGGUAACCCACGCUGUCAGAAACCUGCCUUCCUUAAGGAGAUCCCCAUACAGGAUGUGGCCAUGCCUGAUUUCACCUGUGAUGGUAUCGAAGAGAAUGUCUGUCUACCUUCAGCGCCUCGCUGUCCGGAUUCCUGCACAUGCUCAGAUACAGUGGUGCGCUGUAGUAACCGGGGGCUGCAUUCACUGCCCAAGGGUAUCCCGAAAGACACUACUGAAUUAUAUUUGGAAGGAAACCUCCUCACAUCCGUGUCUAAAGAGCUGGCUAAUCUGAAACAGCUAUCACUGCUAGAUCUCAGUAACAACAGCAUCAACGUUCUUGCUCCUCUAACCUUCAGCAACAUGACACAGCUUGCCACUCUUAUCCUGAGUUAUAAUCAAAUCCGCUGUGUCCCGGUUCAUGCAUUUGAUGGCUUGCGUUCUCUCCGCCUGCUAACCCUCCACGGAAAUGACCUUUCAACUAUUCCGGAGGGAGCCUUCAGCCACUUGACAUCUCUGUCUCAUCUGGCUCUGGGUGCUAACCCCCUUUACUGUGAUUGUGAGCUGCGCUGGUUGUCUCAGUGGGUGAAGGCUGGGUUUAAAGAGCCUGGAAUCGCCCGCUGCACUGGACCACCUGAUAUGGCGGACCGACUGCUGCUCACCACCCCCCUCAACCACUUCCAGUGCAAGGGUCCUGCAGAUUUGAAUCUGAUGUCAAAGUGCGCCCCCUGUCUGGCAGCUCCCUGUCAGAACAACGGCACAUGUGUUAGUGACGUCACCGGCUCUUACCGCUGCACUUGCCCGUUUGGCUACAAGGGCCGUAACUGUGAGAUCCCCAUUAACGCGUGUAUCAGUUUGCCCUGUAGUAACGGAGGAACAUGCCACCUCUCACCUGCACAGGAGGGGCAGUACAGCUGUGUGUGUCCGCCUGGAUUUGAGGGCCAGCAGUGUGAAGUGAAUCCUGAUGACUGUGAAGACAACGACUGUGAGAAUAACUCUACCUGUGUGGAUGGCAUCAACAACUACACCUGCGUCUGCCCGCCUAACUACAAAGGUGAUCUGUGUGAAGAGGUGGUUGACCCCUGCCUGCCUGGGUUUGACCUUUGCCAACACGACUCCAAGUGUGUUCCCCUCAUUAAGGGCUACAGGUGUGAGUGUUUGCCUGGUUAUGUUGGCCAGCACUGUGAGCAGGAUUACAACGACUGUCUGGAGAACAAAUGCCAGCAUGGGGCAGAGUGUGUUGAUGCCAUCAAUGGUUACACAUGUGUUUGCAAGGAAGGAUUUAGUGGGCUGUUCUGUGAGCACCCUCCACCAAUGAUAUUGCUCCAGAAGACAAGUCCAUGUGACCAGUCUGACUGCCAGAAUGGAGCCCAGUGUCUGGUCAUUGAGGGAGAGCCUGUGUGUCGUUGUCUGCCUGGCUUCUUUGGCAACAAGUGCCAUAAAAUGGUCACAGUACACUUCCGUGGCAAAGAUACCUAUGUGGAACUCUCCGGCGCCAAAAUCCGACCACCAGUGCACAUAUCCCUCCAGGUUGCCACAGAUAAAGACAAUGGCAUUCUGUUGUAUAAAGAGGACCAUGACCCACUUGCCCUGGAGCUGUACCAGGGACACAUCCGUCUGAUCUAUGACAUUGCCAAGUACCCUCCUACUACUGUGUACAGUGUGGAGUCAGUGAAUGAUGGACUUUUCCACAUAGUAGAGGUGCUGAUCCAGAAUCUGACCCUGAGCUUGGUGGUGGAUAAAGGGGCACCUAAAAGUCUGGGAAAACUCCCCCGCCCUCCUUCAGUGGACCUCAAUACACAACUUUAUAUUGGUGGUGUGCCCUCUAUAAUUGGCACAGCAGGUCUGCGAUCUGGUCCAGAUCGUCCAUUCCAGUCCUUUAAUGGCUGCAUCAAUAACGUACGGCUUAACGGGGAACUGCAGGACCUGGGCAGUGGACUAGCAGGGGUAGAAGGCAUCCUCCCGGGCUGUCACUCUUGUAAUGUUUGUGCUCAGGGGACCUGCAGACAGAGAGGAGAAGCAGGCGUGACUUGUGAGUGUCCCACAGGCCACAGCGGCCCACUGUGUGAACAGAUGAAUUCUCUGAAUCCCUGCCAGAGCAACAGGUGUUUGCAUGGUGUGUGUGUACCAAAGGGCUCCUCGUACAGUUGUUCAUGUGCCGUAGGAUACUCAGGUCAAUACUGUGACAGGCGGGAAGAGCCAGCAGCCUGCAGAGGGCAGCACUGUGUAAAUGGAGAGUGCAGAGUGACAGAAAGUGGAGAACCGAUGUGCCACUGCCAGCCUGGAUACUCCGGGCUGUCCUGUGAAUCAGAGCUGACGUGCCAAGGGGAGAUGGUUCGAGAGCUACUCAAGCGUCAUAUGAGUCAUAAAAGCUGCACCUCCACCAGUAAAAUCCCACGGGUGGAGUGUCCUCAUGCCUGCCACUCGGGCCUCUGCUGCGCCCCCACGAAGAGCCGGAGACGGAAGGUCAGUUUCAAGUGCUCUGAUGGAUCUUCCUUUUCCGAAGAGAUGGAGACCACCUUGGAAUGCGGCUGCACAAAGUGCCCGUUGUAAUAAUACCUCCAAUCCCAAACCACGAGAAGAUGGAGCGGAAAAGAAAAUAUAUUGUAAAAUAAACAAAACACAAAUAGAACUUAUUUUUAUUAAGGGAUGUUUUUUUAAAGAAGAGACUGUUUUUAUGAUGUUGCCCGUACUGUAUGUGUCAUGAAAAGUAAUUUUGUAUUGUCGAACAAAAACCACACAGAUUAACAUUCCUGAAAAUAUAUUAAUUAUAUAAAUAUGUAUAAAUCUAUAUAAAUGUACAACUUAACCUUAAGAAUUAAUUCGGUCUGUGUAUUGCAUGUCUAUUGUGAAGUGCGAGAGCGGAGAGACACUUUGAUGGAGGAGCGGGUGGGCGCAAGACUUAAAUGUGCCCAUGUAGCUAAUCAGGGGAGGAGAAACCUAAGACUCUCUAACACAGGAAGUGGUGAGCCUGCUUUCUGUGCUCUGGUGGCAACAAAGGAACAGCUUCCUAACCCACCUGCCUUGUAAUGGACCUCAGAGAGCUCACCUGCAGAAUCCAAGGAUGUGACCGUAAUCCACAAAGCUUCCAACGGGAUGCCAUUUUACAUUUGUGCUCUAUGGAUCACUUUGGGGGUUUUAUUUGUGGUUGUUAUUUGCUUUUGCCCUUCACAAAGAGAAGCUGCUACUGGUUUAAAGGCUGCAACUCCGAGUUAGAUUUAUUUUGCAUGACUGCAUGGAAAAGUGAAAUGUGAACUUUAAACAUGCUGUGGUCAGGUAGUAAAGCUAUUGUAGGAACUAUGAUAGUUCAUCUGCUGUCUACCUGUUUUACCUUGUACAGUUGCAAGAUCCAAAUGCAUUUCCCUUUGUUUCAGUGUCGGCAGGUUAUACAGGUGACCGCAUCUCUAGUGCAAAGCACUUCAUAUUGACGUAGUAUUCCGUCAUAACCGUCCUUAACUAAAAUAUUAAAUGCAAAUAUAUUACACCUAUUACUACUGUAUUGUUUCAUAUAUAUACCCUUUGUUUUGUUUAUUGGUUUUGUUGUUGUUAAUUUUUUUUUAAAGAUAACACUUUACAAAUAUCUGAAAAAGAGAGAGGUCUAUAGAUUUUCCAAAGGAAAAUUAAGCAGUGUUAAUGAAUAUUCAGGCUUAUUCUGUCUCACCUCAUUUGCCGCAUACUGUUAAAUAAGGUACAAGCAUGAGUAGGAAUCCCCAGUGCAAGAUGUUAUGUAAGCACCUCUUAUCAGAAGAUUGGUGGUUGUGAGUGGCAUUUUCUAUUAAUGUUUUGUUAAAUAUGAAUUAGAGAGUGAUGAUUAACUUACAGUGAAUGUUGAAUUAAACUUGUAAUGAAAUACAGGAUUGGAUUUGUGUGUGUGUGUGUGUAAAUUUAUGCUACAUUGUGGGGACUAAAUGACUGUGGGGACCAAAUGUCCCCACAAGGAUAGUAAAACAUGACAUCACCUACACUGUGGGGCCCAGCCUGGUGUCCUCACGAGGGUAAUGGCUUAGCAAACAUACUAAAUUAUUAUUAUUUGUUUUGAUUUAUUUUUUUAUGUAAAUAUGCAAAUUCAGUUUCUCUGGAUUUACUGUUUAUAGGUAUGUGUUUGAUUAAAAUGAACAUUUCUCCAAAAUUCCAA